GGGAGGGCUUUAUGGAGAGCUGGCGAGACAAAACAAAAGCCACACAUUUCAACCAUCAGGCGCUGGUCGCUUUUUUAUUUUUUUGUAAACCAAGACAUAUUUGAUUCAUUAUACGUACUGACUCCCGUUUAUCGACGACAUUACAAAAGUUUUGCACCAUGCCUAGUAGUACGUCUUUGCUGGAAGCCGAGGAGGGAGAGUCCGAGGUUCCACCGCCGCUAGUGCACGCUUUCGCCGGUAUGGGCCUCGAGGAGCACCACGGCACCCACAGCCAAACCCCCGAACAAGCAGACGAAAGCCUCUCUUUCCACCAUCAGCUUCCUCCGGUUUCUCAUUUCAGUCUUCUCGGUACGGUCCUGGACUUGAAGCCGUUGCCGCUGCAUCGGCCGCCCUCUAGAGAUGAGAUGAACAUAACGGCAGCGCCCGAGGAUGAAGAGCCAGAAGUUGUUGCCGCCGCCGCCGAUUCCUCUGGCUGCACCGGCGGCUCGUUGCUAGCGCAGGCCCACCGCCACCAACACCUUCCAUCGGGGCCGAACGGCUCCGUUAUGCCGUCCGGGAUGGAGCCGCCUCAGGUCGAGACGGUACUGUUGUACAACGGGGACGAGCGGGAUGAUCCCGGGGUCGGCGGCAGCGCCCUACCGUCGGCUAACAGUAUGGCGAUGCUACAGUCCGGCGUGUACGGGGAAUCGAGCUACGAGGCCGAACCGUCGCUGUUGGCUCGGAGAAAGAGCGUUAACACAACCGAAUGUGUGGCCGUGCCGAGCUCCGAGCAUGUCGCAGAGAUCGUAGGCAGGCAGGGUUGUAAGAUUAAAGCACUCCGAGCCAAGACCAACACCUACAUUAAGACACCAGUGAGGGGUGAGCAGCCUGUCUUUGUAGUUACGGGACGAAAAGAAGAUGUGGCGAUGGCCAAAAGAGAGAUCCUGUCAGCGGCCGAACAUUUCUCCCUCAUCAGAGCCUCUCGAAAUAAGACUGGGCCUCUAUCUGCUGUAACAGGUCCAGGGACCCCGGCUUUACCUGGACAGACCACCAUUCAGGUUCGGGUGCCAUAUCGUGUUGUGGGGCUGGUUGUUGGUCCCAAAGGGGCAACCAUCAAACGCAUUCAGCAACAAACCCACACCUACAUUGUGACGCCAAGUCGUGACAAAGAGCCCGUGUUUGAGGUUACUGGGAUGCCAGAGAACGUGGACCGGGCGAGGGAGGAGAUAGAGGCACACAUCGCCCUCCGCACUGGAACCUGCGGCAAUAUUGAAGCUCCCGGUGUAGACAACAAUGACUUUCAGUAUAAUGGGACCGACGUUAGCUUUGAGGGUGCUUUAACACCAGUGGGCCUGGGGGAGGGUGGGUGGAUUCAGGCAGGUACAUCUUCACCAGGUGGUGGUAGCCUGCUGCCGAUGAGCAUCAGCGGUACUCAGCGAAUGAAUAGCAAUAUUAACAGUGGCGUCCGGCUGUCUUCCACCUACCGCAACGAUAGUUCCAGCUCCCUGGGCAGCGGUUCCAGCUCGGCUGAUUCGUUCUACGGUGGCGGGAACGGUAACCGGAUGGCAGACUUCAGUCCAACCUGUCUGUUCAAUGCCAAUGCUAACAACAACAACAACAACACCAGCAAUGGUGGCGGUACAAGUUUCUGGUUCGGAGACAGCCUUCUUCCUGUGGGGUCUGAGGAGAUGGUCAGCCUUGGAGGUGGAGGUUCCUCCUCAGGAUUCGACCCCUUAACCAUCUCCACUGCCCAAGCCACAUACCCGGCUGCACAACCCCAAAUCUGGAGCCCGUUUGUGGACCAUCAAUCCCUCCAGGCUUUUGAUGCUCGGCAAACUCAGACCAGUCAACCUGGGACACCCCGGCUCUCUCCAACAUUCUCUGGGACCGAGGCCUUAGAGCACCCUCAGGCCCAGCGCGUUCACCGGGGGCCUUUUCCUUCAUCCGGGACCCUCGACGGCCAAAGGUUCCCCUCCUACUGCUCGGCCUUCUCCUCUUCAAGCGAAAGCACGGCCUCCUCUUCCUCCCCUCCUGAGUCGUCCCUCUCCUAUCGUACUGGGCUGGGGUCGGCCGGGAGGGGGCAGGAGAUCUGUAUCCACUGUAUGGAUAGCCAGGUCAUCGCUGCCUUGGUUCCCUGUGGCCAUAACCUCUUCUGUCUAGAUUGUGCCACCCAGAUAUGCCAGGGUCCAGAUGCCGUGUGCCCUGUGUGUUUGUCCCCAGCCACACAGGCCAUUCAGCUCCGCAACAUGUGAGGGUUUUUUUUGUUUAGUUUUGUUUUUUUUCUUUAAUUUUAUUUUUGUUCAAAGUACAGCUUGUUGGCUGUUUAGGCGUCAGCUUUCCCAACACAUGAAAUUCAUAAUGUGGAAAAUUACAAAAAACUAAACCAGUGUCCUCAUGCUGGCUUCAGUCCAAGGUGGUGUAUUAUUGACAAAAGUGAGGAAGAAUAUGUGAUUGAGGCAUGAUCUGUAUUCUGGGCACGAGGCAGGGUGUUCAGCCCGUUUAUGUGCCUGCUCUUGUGAAGUCUUCUUCCUAAAUUGAUUGAUCAAUGGGGGGGUGGGGGGUGGUAACCCUGUAUGUAGCAUUGGGGGAGGGGUGGGAUACUUUUUUAAAACUUUAUUUGCUCAUGAUUUACAUUUUCCUCUCCUUGAAAUAUGUAGUUGUAACUUUUUGCCUACCUAUAUUUUUAAAUAAUUUUUUAAUGAUGUUGAAUUCUGAUUCUGGGUUAUGGGUCAAAGUUUUUUCUGCAUCUCACAAGUUUAUCUCUUUUAAUUUUGCUGCUACGGUUAUUUUUAUGAGCUCAAAUUGUAGCCGCUGCCCUUUACCACAUUUGUUGCGCUCACAGCAGGAAACAACAAGGAAAAAAUUAUUGAGCCUGUUUACAUUUAGUGAGUAAAUUAAUUGUAUACUCUUUGUAAUACAGAAGAAAACUGGACAUAAUUAACACAUGCUACAUUAUCCUGACAAAUCCAAGAUAACUCAUGUAAUUAUUAUCAGACCAUAUUCUGUUUACAUCCUCUAAAUGCUAAAUCCGAAUUGCGUUUUCCUGAUACUAAUAUGCCUGUAAAUGCACCCGCAGAGGGUUGGUCAAACUCUCUCACACUCCGGUGGAAACAUCCCGUUACCUGACUCCUCCCUUUCAUUAUUUUAGACCAGAACCAACAAGUGGGUGACUUUCUUUAAAAAAAAAAAAAAAUUGCACCGUAAUGUUACACCACUUGAGUAUCACAACGUUAUUUUUCAUCUUUACUUAAGGAAUCUGUUUACGGUAAACUUGUGCCUAAUUCCGUUCUGGGUAAACAAAAAGAAAACGACUGGUUCAGUGGAAACAGUGUUGCUCUGUCUUAAAAACAAACUUGUGGCCUUUUCAGAAAGCCUGUAAUUAACUGACAACACUAUCUUACAAAUCCAGAUUUUGGUUCAAAGAACACAAGCUGACAGAAUGAAGUCUUAAUGUAUUUGCUGAAGUUCAAUCUCUUAAAUGCAUCUCGGUGGAACAAAGCUUUUAUCACAGGGAUGCUUUGUUUUUGCCUCCUUUAAAGCCUUUUUUCCCCAAGUAUUUACCGCCAUUUGACUUUUUUUUUUUUUUUUUUUUUUUUUGACAUUUUCUAGCUUCUUAUAUAUUUUUAGAACCAAACACUCCCAUUUUUAUUUCUGUUUCAUACAUGUUUUUGCAUUUUGAGUUGUUAACCUGGUCUUCUGGUUUUGAGCCAGACAGACAAAACAGCUGGUACUUUUGGUAGCAUUCACCUUCUCAACUGGGAUAUUUUAUGAAACUACUUAGAAAUGGCCGUAGUCUGGAACAGUUCCCUGUACUUAACAGUCAGGCUGCUGAUUUUUUUUUUCAGCAGUAUCUCACUUUAUUCAAGUCUUUUUUCUCUCUCUCUCACUCUCUUGAAGUGUUCCACCCUGUGGCCAAGUUACAUGAAGCCUUUUUGCAUCGCUGUUGGUUAGUGGUCCCAAAAUGAUUCUGUUGAGAUAAAGGCCAUCUGAUGCUUUAUUCUGUCUUUAUUUAAUCCCAUGUCUUGUCUACUAGGCCUAUGCAAAAACCAUCUCAGUAUGUCGACAACACGAGGACGCACUAGAUAAUUUUACUUCUCGGGUUUUAAUUACAGAACUUGUAGACGGACGUAUCGCUUCUUUUUUUUUUCUUCACUGCUCUUACGCACUGAUGAAAUGAGCUCCAGUUUUGAUGGUACACACACUUUGCUUCCCACUUUUCCUACUAAGCACAGUCUUUUGCCAUACCUCAUCACACCACCGUCAACUUGGGACUUAAUUUGGUUUUUCUUCCCCUUUGAAUAUGAAAGCCUCUCUGCCGGAAAAGGAAAGGAAAGGAAGAUAUACCGUUCUCCCAUUUUAGCUUUAACCACCAUUGUCUGUAGACUUUGUUUUACAGGAUCACAUGAGUAAGGGGAAGCAGCUGGAAUGAGCUCAUCUUGGACUGUGCAGACACUACAUAAGGUCAAUACUGUUGCUUUACUGUUUGGACAUUGGACCACAGUCCUCGAAGCCUUCCAGCUGUAAACAGUAUUUGGGAGUUAUUUUACCUAGCCAUGUUAAAUAUUAUCUCUCUUAUAGAUGAUUAGGCUUUCUUGAGGAAAUUGAACCAAAUGAGUCCCAAAAGUGCAAAAAAAAAACCCAAAAAAAACAACUCCUCCGCUUCUGCCCCCGUUGGGUUUUCUAUCCGUCCGUUUAGUUUAUUUUCACAUCUCUCAGAAGGGUCGAUCUUUUUUGCUCUCUUUUCUCUCUCCGAGCGAACGCAAUACACUGUUGGCCCACAGUUUAUUGACAUUUUUGUGUAUGUAUUAUAUAAUAUUACUGUUAAUGACUGAUAAAUAUACAAAACUUAUUUAGUUUACUUAUUUUGUUACAUUUCAUAUAUAUACAUAAAUAUAUCUAUAUUAAAAUGUUUACAAUAAGAUUUUUAAUUUUUUUUUACUUCUGAGUGAUUAAGUGAAUGAAGAGUUGGAAAUGCAGAAAUGUUGCAGGAGGGUGUCAAUGCUAUCUGCUUGUAGUCUAGUUCUUAGUUUACAGUAUUGAUGAUAAUAGUAUUGAUAGCUGCCGUUUAACCUAAUGGAAAAUGGAAUGUGCAUCACAAAGCAUGUCUUUAUAAUGUACCGCCAAUGUAAAACGUCUCACUGCAACUGUAAAAAGGCCAAGGAUACAAGCUGCCUGUCAUGUCUGUACGCCACCAAAUUGAGAACGGUAUACUGUAAAAUGUAUCUUAGAUAUCUCUAUAUAAAUACAUAUAUUGUUAAGCUGUACCAACAGUUCAAAGUAUUUGCUAAUUUUACUACAUUUUGUUAUGUAUAUGUAGGGGGAGUCUUAUGGCAUAUAAAUUCAAAUUGAGUCAGGAGUUUAAAAGCAGACUAUAUUUUAUAACGGCCUUUUAAGUUAUUGCGGCCAAAGCACUGAUAUUAUAUAUUUGCUGUAAAGAGAAUUUAAGAGUUUUAUUUUUCUGAUAUUAAAGUUACUUAAUAAAGACGGUUUCAUUUAAAGCCC